UAUUGUAUUUAUCGUGUAAUAACUAUAAAUACGCAAAUCAAUUGAGCUCUCCACACCACAGCAACCAAAAUAAUUGAUUACCAAUGAGCUCAUGUUCAUGCUUUUCCACAAUCCUCAAAUCCCCGAUUCUGAUCCGUGAACCAAAUUUCAUUCCCCGAUGGAAUUCGAAAGUUUUCACUCUAAAACGCCAUAGCCAAAAUUUCAGUUCAUGUAUAUGUUAUACCAGGGUUCUUCAUCAGGAUCAAAUUGAAGUUUUGAACCCCGAUGACACCGUUGAGGAGCAAAACGCAGCCUUUGAGGGCCAUGAAAUUGCAAGUGGUAGGUUAAAAGAGGAGGAAGCUUUUAAAGAAGAAACUCGAAAUCAAAAUUCAUCGGAAAAGAAGCGAAAUGUAGGGGAAAAAGAUAGUGAUAGCCGGUUCAAAUUGUGCAACGGAAGAGAGGUUUUUGAAGAGAAAGCAUACAUCGUUGGGGUUGCGAGAAAAGGUGAUAGUGAUGAUUCAUUUGGUAUAGAGGAAUCACUCAGUGAAUUAGCACAGCUCACUGACACUGCUGGACUGCUAGUUGUUGGUUCUACUUAUCAAAAACUUGCAACUGCAAAUCCAAGGACAUACAUAGGAUCAGGCAAGGUUGCAGAAAUUAAGAGUGCAAUUCAUGCAUUUGAUGCUGAGACUGUAAUUUUUGAUGAUGAACUAUCACCCGGGCAAUUGCGUAAUUUGGAAAAGGCUUUUGGUGGAGAUGUUAGGGUGUGUGACCGCACAGCCCUCAUCCUUGAUAUUUUCAACCAGCGAGCUGCCACCCGUGAAGCUGCUUUACAGGUCUCCUUGGCGCAAAUGGAAUAUCAGUUGCCACGGUUAACAAGGAUGUGGACCCAUCUUGAGCGUCAGGCUGGAGGCCAAGUAAAGGGUAUGGGUGAGAAACAAAUUGAAGUGGACAAGCGUAUCUUGCGCACUCAAAUUGGAGCUCUUAAGAAAGAGAUAGAAUCAGUCCGAAAGCAUCGGAAACAGUACAGGAAUCGGCGCACCGCAGUACCUGUUCCUGUUGUAUCUUUGGUUGGAUAUACAAAUGCUGGAAAGAGUACACUUCUAAAUCGGUUGACUGGGGCUGAUGUUCUUGCAGAGGAUAAGUUAUUUGCAACACUUGAUCCUACUACAAGAAGGGUACAGAUGAAGAACGGGAAGGAGUUUCUUCUUUCGGACACUGUGGGGUUCAUUCAAAAGUUACCAACGACACUGGUUGCUGCCUUUAGGGCAACUUUGGAAGAAAUCUCUGAGUCAUCACUUUUGGUGCAUGUGGUGGAUAUUAGCCAUCCACUGGCAGAACAACAGAUAGAGGCUGUGGACAAAGUUCUUUCAGAACUUGAAGCGUCAUCAAUCCCAAUGUUAAUGGUUUGGAACAAGGUUGAUAAAGCCAAUGACCCGGAAAAAAUCAUAAUGGAGGCUAAAAGAAAUGAUGUUGUAUGCAUAUCUGCUUUGACUGGUGAAGGCUUAGAAGAAUUCUGCAAUGCAGUUCAGGAGAGACUAAAGGAUAUGAUGGUGUGGGUGGAAGCUCUAAUUCCAUUUGACAAGGGGGAACUUCUCAGCACCAUCCAUCGUGUUGGAAUGGUUGAGAAAACUGUAAGCACUCGUUUCUCUUAAUAAAUUAUUACACAU